CGGUCAUGAAUUUCGAAAAAGUUUUCCAUAUGUUUUCGUAUUGUCCAACGAAUUUUAAUCGGAAUUUUUUCUUUUUUUGAAAAAAUGAAUCAAAUAAUUCCAAUGACUCGAUUUUUGCGACAAAAUUUGUCAACAAUAACAAGCUAUAGAAGAAUUAUCUCAAUGAAUGCUAACCAAAUUCGAUUCUGUUCACAAGACAAAAGAAAUGAUGAUACGAAAACAAAUCGAAAACAAAUCGAACGUGAAAAUCGUGAUCGUCGAAUUCCGGUCGAACUGGACACAAGCAUUCGUUAUAUGAAAAGUGAUGCAUUCAAAGAAACAUAUCAAGACUAUAAAAUAUGGGAAUUAUUUCGCCGUAAUUUCAAAGGACAAUUUUCACCGGCCGUACCACGUCUUAGUUGUGUGGGCGAUGAUGGGUUUGUAAAAACAUCAAAUCCGUGUGCUAUAUGUCGUGACCGUUAUCUUGUCUUACAUCAUAAGAAUAUUGAACUUUUGAGACAAUUCAUUAGUCCACAUACCGGAUAUGUUUAUUCAAAUUCAAUCCUUUGUUUAUGUCAUGAACAAUAUGAAAAAUUAUGCGUUGCUGUUACAUUGGCUAAAAACUAUGGUUAUAUCGAUUUUGAAGUGCCUCAUCGUCAUUAUGAUUAUCAAUAUCAUUAUAAAUUAUGAAAAUAGUGAAGAAAUUUUUUUUUUUUUUUGUUAACGAUAACCAUUUGAUUUGAUCCGUUAACCAUAUUGUUGAUGUCGAUGAUCGAAUGUGUGUAUACCAUUUACAUAGCAACAACAAAAAAUGAAUGUAAUAUACAGUUUUUUUUUGGAAAAAUAAAAUCAAUCAAUCAAUAGAAAUCUA